UGAAACUUGGCAGCACUCCUGUGACACCCCUUUGCUGACGGGUGUCCCACCAUCAGCAAAGGGCUGGAACAUCCAGUUUGAGCGGACCACGGAGGCAGGGACAUCAUGGAGACCUCUCAGGGAUGGCUGGUGGCCUGUGUGCUGGCCAUGUCCCUGGUAUGGACAAUGGCUGAAGAUGUCUGCCGAGCACCCAAUGGAAAGGACGGAGUUGCAGGAAAUCCAGGCCGCCCAGGGAGGCCAGGUCUCAAAGGAGAGAGAGGGGAGCCAGGAGCUCCCGGCAUCCGGACUGGUAUCCGAGGUCUUAAAGGAGACCCAGGUGAAUCUGGGCCCCCUGGCAAACCCGGCAAUGUGGGGUUCCCGGGACCCAGUGGACCCCUAGGAGACAGCGGUCCCCAAGGACCUAAGGGUGUGAAAGGUAAUCCAGGCAAUAUCAGGGACCAGCCCCGGCCGGCUUUCUCAGCUAUUCGGCAGAACCCACCGACGGCUGGCAACGUGGUUAUCUUUGACAAGGUCCUCACCAACCAGGAGAGUCCAUACCAGAACCACACGGGUCGCUUCAUCUGUGCAGUGCCCGGCUUCUAUUACUUCACCUUCCAAGUGAUCUCCAAGUGGGACCUGUGUCUGUCUAUCGUGUCCUCCUCCCGGGGCCAACCCAGGGAUUCCCUGGGUUUCUGUGACACCAACAGCAAGGGGCUCUUCCAGGUGUUAUCAGGGGGCACCGUGCUUCAGCUGCAACGAGGGGACGAGGUGUGGAUCGAGAAGAACCCUGCAAAGGGUCGCAUUUACCAGGGUACUGAAGUUGACAGCAUCUUCAGUGGAUUCCUCAUUUUCCCCUCGGCCUGAGCUGAGAAGCCUCCCCGAAUUUUGCCAUCACCUGCACUCCCUGCUGUGCCCCCACCCCGCCCUGCAUCCCCUCCCUCUGUACUCUGCAAAGUGAAGGGGCUGGGGCUUUAGCACCCUGGGGGAGGGGCUGUCUGGGAGGGCACUGAGAACUCUCUGCACACGGCCCAGUGGUUUCUUUAAGCACUUUUUUUGAAAUAAAUGAUCCCAUCUGUGUCUGUGA